AUGUCCACCCAAAACUUAGUUCAAUAUAUUAUUGUUCGCACAGACCUUAAAGCAUCGCUAUCAUGGUCCGUAGGUUCUAUUAUCGCUCAGGCCUGCCAUGCAUCUACUGCAGCUCUAUACAAGUACAAUGAGGUGGAAGAUACGAAGGCCUAUGUUUCUGACCUUGAUAACAUGACAAAAGUAAUAUUGGGUGUGCCCGGUGAGGUUCAACUAGCUAAGCUCGCCGAGAAACUGGAGAACAACAAUAUAGAGUUUGUGCUCUGGUGUGAGAAACCCGAAAAUAUUCUUACUGCGAUCGCACUCCGUCCUUAUAACAGAAAGAUGGUUAAGAAACAUCUUUCCGAAUGUCAGCUAUUUACAUGA